AUGGGAUGCGGAGGAAGUUCUGCAACUGCCGCUAUGUCUACUUUUUUUGCAUGGGGGAGCCAAGGUAAAGUCAAAAUAAAAAGUAUGAAAUUUAAAGCCUUCUAUGAUAAAGAAACUAAAGAUGUUAAUACAGAAAGUGGGAAGAAUCGAGUAACAGAGUCUACUCUAACUUGGCUUGGCAGAGAUUUUACAUUGCAGGAUGAAAAAGUCAUUGAUUACGAUAAAAAAAUAUCUUAUGAUUUGCCUAAUUUAACUAUCAAAUUCUCAACAAACGUAAAAGAUGACUUCCAAGGGAUCAUCGAGCCAGAUUCUUUAAUUUCAAAUAUUGCACUCAUGCAAGACAAAGGGCUAAACCAAGAACAAAAGAGAGUCUUAUUAGACAAAUUAACAAAAGACUGCAGAGAUUUCUGACUAUUCGCAAGAGGCCUCUGAGCAAAGGAAUCUGAAGAUUUAGAAAAAUCAGAAAUGAAGCACUGCGACAAAGAAUGCAUAAGAAAUGUUAUUCUUAAAGAAGGUGACCGAGGAAAAAUAGAAACUCAUUUAAUUAGAAAUUUCGGAGCUGAAAAGUUUUCUGAAACUUCAAGAGAAAUCAAAGGUUCAGCUAUUAUUCAAAAAGAUAACAAUAGGCCACAUUUAGUAAAAAUCAGGCGAGCAAGCUAUAUUCAUGCUAAGACAGAAGAUGAGGUUAUAGACCACAUGGAGGAAGAAAUCCGGGUUUUGAUUUUCUGCUGGGAUGACAUCCCACAGUUGGACUCAGACUCAUUUUUAAGUAUUGAAAGAGAAAAGAUGAGAAAAGGAGCAGAAGCUGUAAUAAAAGAACUUAAAGCUCAAAUUGAUAAAUACCAUGAAGAAAACGCUUAA